UGAAAAUUAGAUUCAAAUUUAGCAUCUUUAAGAAGAGUACAUUUUUUAAAAGUUAGUUAAUAACAAUAAUAAUAAUAAUUUGACAACAAUCCAAUCAUCAACUUUUAUAUUCUACUCUUUAUCUAUUAUAAGUUUCUCAUAGUUCAUAUAUUUUUCCUAAAUAUUACUAUUAGCAAUAUUAUUAUUAUUUACUUGUAAUACUUAUUUAUUACAACAUUUCUAUUUGAUAUAUUUCAUAAAAAUAUCAUCAAUAUAAAUUCAUUUGUUAAAAUAAUUAGAUCAAUAAUUUAAAUAAUAAAUGAAAAAUGAAAUUAUUAUUUUAAUUAAUUUAAUUAAAUAUUAAAAACAUUUCAAAAUUACAUAAUCAAUAAACAAUUAAUUUCAAGAGAAAAAAAUAUAAAUAUUUACAAAAUUACCACGAAUCAUUUGAUUGAAUUUUAUCACUUUAAAAAAUAAAAAUAAAAUAAAUUGAUAAUUUAUAUAUAUCUAUGUUUUUACGUUCAAUAUUAUUUUAUGAUAAAUAAACAAAUAAAUAAAUAUUUAUUUAUUUAAAUUAAUCAAUCAAUUAACUAAAAUAAUCAAAUUCUAACUAUAUAAAUUUAUACAAUAACUUGAAUCAAAUUGGAUAAUCCAAAUAUCUUGUUAUGCGAAUAACCAUAAUUAAUUCUUAUUCUGAUCAAAAGAAAAAAGAAACACGAUAACAAAUAAACAUGCCAAUACCAAGUAUUCAUGUAAAUUCGAUUGAAGACAAUGGAAAUGAUGACAGACGAAGAAAGAAACCUUCUAUACCGAUACUACAAGUAGUCGGUGACGAAAUGGAUGGACGGGAAAAUGAUGUUAACAGUGAUGAUGAUGACGACGAUGUAAUGACAGCUGAAGAAGAAGCUGCUAUCGCGCGUCGAUUUCUUAGUGGAAAUGAUCAAACAGAACAACGCAGAAUGUCCUCACUGGACAUGUAUCUCUCGCAGCCAGAAGUAAAACAAGAACCGAUGAUAAUUAAUCGUCAUAUAAGUUUGAAAGAAGAAGAAAAAGGCUUUGAGGCGGAGCAAAUACUUCUUCGUCAAAAAGAACGUGAGGAAGUGGAAAAACAUCAAGAACAAUUAAGAUUAGAACGUGAAGAGGUUAAAAAAGCCAGAGCGUCCAAAAGACAUUCAAAAGUUGCUGAAGAACAAGAGCCCAGUAAAAAUAAUCAAGUAAGACGAAUGGAUUAUCAUAAACAAGGUCUUGGAGGUUUAAGUAAAGAACGUAGAAAAAAAUUGAAGGAAAUGAUCUUGCAAAAGGCAAAAAAUGAACUUCUUGAAGAAAGAAGGAAAGAACUUCGUAACCGUGAAGAUCAUAUCAAGAAACAAGCCCCUCCAUUCGACAUUGAUGGUUUAAAUCAAAUGCAACUUGAAGAAAAGGUGAAGUCGUGGUACGAACACGUUAAACAAUUGGAAUCACAAAAAUACGAAUGGGAACAAAGACUACGCAAACAGGAUGAAGAAAUUAAUGAAUUGACAGCUCAGUUAUGCUCAAUUAAAGGACACUUUCAAAAACCAAUACUUCGUAAAGUUGCUAAACCGAUGUCAACGGAAAGAUUACGCGCGAUGAGUGCCGCACCAAAUUUCAUGCCCAGAAUUGGGCAUAAAAAUCCCGUAGAGAUGAAGAGAAAACUGUCGGAUGAUAGUAAUCAGGGCGUAAAAUCAAAUUUGAAUGGGACCGGUGGUGUAUUCACGAAAAGUUGAUGAGAAAUUAAUGCAAGAAGAACUAUCUCAAAAUAGCGAUGAAUAAGAACCAAUAUAUAUAUAUAUAUAUAUAUAUAUAUAUAUAUAUAUAUAUAUAUAUAUAUAUCUUAUCCGUUAUUCGUUUACCUUAUUGUCAGAUAAAAAUAACAACCAUAAAGACAAAAAUAAUAUUGCACUCAUUUCUCUAUCUUCCCUUUAUUAUACAUUCUUCUCCAGAGCACAAAAAA